CGACCGUGCCGUUCCGAACUUCCAAUCGAGUUUCACAGUAACUCAACCGUACCCCUCGGGACAGACAGCCACCGGCUCGUUCCAUGGCCGGCGUGCUUUACCUCCCCGCGAACCCAAACCAGGCGCCUAACUCCGCCUCCUCCCUCCGCCCACCGCCGCCUUCCAUUCCCGGCGUGGUCCACUUCCGUACCCGCCUGGUCCCUCGCCGUGCCCGCGCCCGCGCCCGAAUCCAUCUCCCCGCCGCGUUCGGGAGGGGGUCGCCCGCGGCGGCGGCGACCGAGCGCAGAGAGAAGGACCACUACGCCACGCUGAAUGUCCGCCGGGACGCCACCCUGCAGGAGGUCAAGAGCGCGUACCGAGCUCUCGCGCGCAAGUACCACCCGGACAUGAACAAGAGCCCUGGGGCAGAAGAAAAGUUUAAGGAGAUAAGUGCUGCAUAUGAGAUUCUAUCGGAUGAAGAGAAAAGAUCUUUGUAUGACCGCUUUGGAGAAACAGGACUUGGUGGAGAUUAUGGACGUGGAGAUACUGAUGCACAUGGGAUUGAUCCAUAUGAACUCUUCAAUGCAUUCUUUGGUGGUGCUGACAAGUUUUUUGGGGAUAGCAUGGGUCCAGGGCAGUUUCAUUACAGUUCAAAAGUCAAGGACAAGAGGGGACUUGAUAUCCGCUAUGAUCUUCUCCUUCCUUUUGAAGCAUCAAUCCUUGGAGGCAAGCGGGAGAUCAGUAUUUUCCGUGGCGAAACCUGUGGCACUUGCCAUGGAUCUGGAGCUAAAUCUAGCAAUUGCAUAAUUGAAUGUACCCAAUGCAGAGGUCAAGGCAGGUCAAUGAAAACUCAGCAGACGCCAUUUGGUACAGUAUCUCAGAUAGCUUCUUGCCUAAAUUGUGAUGGCAGUGGGAAGGUAAUUACUGAACGUUGCAUAAACUGCUAUGGUUUAGGCAAAGUCCAAGUUGAACGAACUAUAAAAGUAGAUAUCCCAGGAGGUAUUGAGGAUGGCUCUGCCAUUCGAGUUACUGGAGGAGGUAGUGUUGAUAAGCAAAGGGGUCUAAGUGGUGACCUGUAUAUAUUUGUUCGUGUUAACAAAAAACAGGGCAUCCACAGAGAUGGUCUCAAUUUGUACUCAGACGUCAUGAUUGAUUACACUGAUGCCAUAUUAGGAACGACAGUGAAGGUCGAGACAAUCGAAGGAUUCAAGGAUCUUUAUAUUCCUCCUGGAAUUCAGCCUGGGGAGGAGUUGAAAUUUGUCCAACUGGGAGCUCCGGAUAUUAAGAAACCUAAUAAUAGAGGAGAUCACAACUUUGUGAUAAAGGUUAAGAUCCCGAAGAAUAUCAGUGACCAGGCACGUUCACUAGUUGAAGAGCUUGCCGCACUAAAGAAAACUCAGGGUAAUUCAGUUCCAGGCGAUGAAACUAUAAACCAAGGAAACUUGAGAAAUAGAAGCCAUCCUUCUUUGGCAAGGAAGAAAAUGUCAUUUUGGGGAUCUGUCAGGAAUAUGUUUAGGGGUGACGAAGGGGACCAGAGAUUUGCUUCAAUCAGUGCACAAUCUGUUAUUCCACAUUGGAGUUCUCGACAAGGAAUGUAUCCUGCUGUCCGAUUGUUAGAAGGAUGCUUAAUGAUCACAGCAUUCUUAUUCAUGAUAGGCAGAACAUGGAAAUUCAGAUCUAUUUUUUCUUCCGAAGUGGUAGGAAGGCGCAGCUCAAACAAAAGAAGCUGAAGAUAGAGAGCGAAAUUCUGUAGUGCUGUUCAUUGAACCUAAUAUCAUAACAGAAAGUUGCAAGAAAAUAAAUAUAAUCCAGUUAUUUGCACAACCAGGCAGAAUUUAUCGUGGCAGAUUCAUCUGUUCAACCUGCGAUCAUGUCUUCUGCACAGCCAGGCAAAGCGCUCUGUGUUGGGAAUCCUCCAGCUUUGCUGUUGCAGGGGAUGGUACAGACACCAUUGACAAAGACACUACAUUUUGUAGUAGACUGAUACUCAUGACUUGAAGUCUUGAACAUGUUGCCUACAAUUUUGAGAGAAGAAGCCUUAGACUCAAGAUUGAAACAUGUUACAUGUGAAUGAAGAUGUCCAAAAACUUUGAAGAAAGCAAUAAAUAAUAUGGAACAGUGCUGUUGGCAAAUGGUAACAAUGUACUAAAACUGUUUCCAGCUUGUGUGUUAUUUCUGUAAGUUUAAGGUUUUAUUUUGUUUUAUGCAUGCUAUGCUUUCAACUAAUUCUGGAUGAUAUACAGACACUAUAUGUACGCAAGGAUCAAAAUUUGGCAUUAGAUUGCAGCUGCUGUGAUGCAAUUAUUUAAAGUA